AUGAAUCGGAACAGUUUCUUCACGUCCUUGUUGCCUUCUCCUCAUGAUGGACUAUUAAUAAGAGAGGAAGCUACCGGUAGAGUGGAGACUGGUCAAGAAGAAUCUUCCUUAGUGUUUGUGAGUUCUGUGGUGUUUCUGUGUCUCUUGAUUGGAGGAGCCAUUUGGAGACUCUCUACUAGUACUGCCAGAAGUAAUGAGGAGAAGACCAAGCCACAUUCAGUCCUCUCCUGUAGUCCCCAAGAAGAAUAUGAGAGUCUGAUUGCGGCACUGCAAGCACUACUGCAAGCCAAGAGUGUUCAUGUAAAUGAACAAGCCAUUCUAUGGAGACAAGAAAAGAGAAUUCUAGAAGCAAGAAUUGACCAAUUGGCUCAGUUACAGCCACAACAGCCAUCAUGCCGUGUACAGGUAGUACAAAAGAAGGAAGAAGAAAAGAAGACAGAUCCAAUGGAUCAUCCUCCAUCUACUUCCAGUAGCACUGCUAGAAUCCAAGCCCUCCAAGACCAAGUGAGGGCGUUGACCACACUGACACAACAACAAGCACAACAAUUGGCCUCCAGAAACAAUCAAAUUGACAAGUUGCAAAAUAUCAUGGAAGAAAUACAGCAAAACAUGCAUCCAACCAAAGACAACAGCUACAAUCCAUGGGACACGUGUGGAAUGGACACCGAUGAUGAUGAUGAUGAAGACAUGGACGGAACCUCCCACGAUCAACUUGUCCAACGCCUCCUGGGCAAAAUUGCCAAACAACCCACACAUGUCCAAGAAGAGCUCGAAUUGCAGCUGUGCCAACGACGACAGUCACUCUCCCAACAAAACUCUACCGUCAGUACGACUCCUUCCACCAUUGUACAACAUACAGACGAUACGAUUGACGACAGCGACGCCUCCAGUGUCGAAUCCACUUCCGACGUUCGUUCUGAAGCUUCCUCUGACGAUGAUGAUGAACUCGAUGACGAUGAUACCAACACUCUUAUCAAUGACAACAAGGUCGUAUUACUCUUUAGUACCAUGCCCGGCAAUCUACAAGUCAAGAUGCAACAAUCGCGAUUGGAGGCCAUUUUCCGACAUGGCCUUCAAUUGGCACCGGAUUGUCUCGAACUAUUGGAUGCCUGUCAACCCGAACUGGAACAGUUGCGGAACGAUCUCUUUCGUAUCAGUGGCUUGCACGCCGUGUAUCCCCAAGUCUUUUUGGUGGUCGGGGGCACCGAUAUCCAAUUCCUCGGUGAUUACGAAACAGUCCUGGAAUGGCACGAUGCCCGACAAUUGCCGCAACGCAUUGGGUUGGUAUUGUGA